CCACCGGUUGCGGUUCAUCUAAACACGUGACUGAAUAGACAAAGCGUCGGGCUUGAUUGGCCAGGAGCCGGUUUCGAGGAGAAAAGGCAGACCACCGGCGCUCCUUCCGCCGCCGCCUUCUUCCUCGUUUUUCACCCGCAAACAACAGAAACCUCUCCACUCUCCGCCCCGAAUCCCUCUUCGCCAUGAUUUCCCGACAGCUCCUCUCCGUCGCCCGUCUCGCGGCCGCCCGUCCCCUCGCCGCCCGCGCCGCCCCGCUCGCCGCCCGCUCGUUCUCGCGCUCGGCCGUUCGCGCCAACACCAAGGUCUCCGACCCAGCUGCGACCGCCGUCGAGGCCGACGAUCACGCCGCUGCCGAGCCCCCCGCCCCCGCCGUCAGCAUGAGCAUCGACGAGGUCGAAUCCGAGAUGGAUCUCUUCGGUCCCGGUGCCACGAAGGGAAAGGUUCCUACCAACUUGGAGCAGGCCACCGGUCUUGAACGUCUCGAGUUGCUCGCCGACAUGGCCGGUAUCGAUCUCUUCGACCAAGUCACCCUCCCCUCCGACAGAAAGGGCACCAUCUUCGACCCCGUCGUCAUCCAGGUCCCCGUCAAGCAGAAGUACAUUGGCUGCACCGGUAUCCCCGCCGACACCCACGAGAUUGAGUGGAUGAGCGCUACCAUCCGCAGGCCUGCGCGAUGCGUCGAGUGCGGUUGUGUCUACAGACUCGAGUACGUCGGCCCUGCCCACGAGGCGGCCGAGGACGGCCACCACCACUAAGCGCUCCUCUUAUCACUCCUGCCCAACCCAUCCUAUUACUCCCCAAUAUAUAAAAAAACCAUAUAACCAUAUCGAUCCGGGCCCGGCUAUUUCAUAACGCGUUACAACAGGACUAUGGCAACGCAGCCAGAACCUUUAUUUUCUACUUCUUUUGACUGAGUGGUGGUGGACGAUGACUUGCUAGAGAUGCAGUUAUCUUCCAUCUUCUACUCAUCCACUACUUCUUCUUUUGUUGUGGCUGUACCGCCGUUCUAGUUAUCUGUUAUGGUUCGUUGCGAUUUAUAGGAAAGGCAUAGCAUUAAUCGAUCUCUCAUUUCAUUCUCUUUUAUCGUUUCAUUCUUUUGGUUUUUAAUACAGUUCAUAUUCAUCAGUUCUUUUACCUCUACGGUAA